CCAAACACACCCUCGCAGGACUAUCACUACAACGAAGUCCUCCAGCGGCACUAUAACUAUACUGGCAAACUGGAUCAGGACCGGUACAGAGUUGGACUGAAACCAGAAUCCAUCGCCUGUCUGUUCAUCUGCCUCUUGAUCAUCUUGGAGAACUUGAUCGUCUUCAUGGCCAUCUGGAAGAACAAGAAGCUCCACAUGCCCAUGUACUACCUGCUGGGCAACCUGACGCUGUCGGACCUGCUGGCCGGAUUCACCUACAUGCUGAACAUCAUGCUGUCGGGUCCGAACACGCUGAAGCUGACGCCGCUGCUGUGGUUCCUGAGGGAGGGUGGAGUCUUCAUCACGCUCUCGGCGCCCGUCGUCAGUCUGCUGGCCAUCGCCAUCGAGCGCUACUUCACCAUGCUCAACACCAGGCCCUACCACCGCGCCAAACGCAACCGCAUGUUCAUACUGAUCGCCGCCAGCUGGGCGCUGUCACUGUUGCUAAGCGCUCUGCCCAUUAUGGGCUGGAACUGUCUGCAUCAUCUGGAGUUGUGCUCCACCGUCCUGCCGCUCUACGCCAAGAGCUACAUCUUCUUCUGCGUGUUUGUGUUCCUGGCCGUCCUGCUGGCCAUCGUCCUUCUGUACGGACGCAUCUUUCACUUCGUCAAGUCCAACACGCAGAACCCGAGCUGUGUUCAGCGCAAACCCUACGGCCAUCGCUCGCGGAAGUACAUGGCGCUGCUGAAGACCGUCACCAUCGUGGUGGGAGUGUUCAUCCUGUGCUGGAUGCCGCUGUUCGUGCUCCUGCUGAUAGACUUCGUGUGUCCUGUGAAGACAUGUCCUGUUCUCUUCAAGUUUGAGUACUUCCUGGCCGUGGCCAUGUUUAAUUCCUUCAUUAACCCCAUCAUUUACACGCUGACGAGCAGAGACAUGCGGCGGGCUAUUCUGAAGCUGCUCUGCCACCGCUGCCUGGUGACCAAAGACGGCCGCGUGAGGAACAUCGGCAUCCGCAUCAGCUUCACGAAGACAGACGUGAACCGCCAGGGACUGGAGACGACCAUCUCAUCCGGAAACGGCAUCACCUUACCUGUUAAAUCCAUUUACCCCAAACUCAAGCUCUCCGUCAUCGCGUAAG